UUCAGUCGAUUGUUGACAUUGGAGCACACGAGUUGGUCAAGUCGUCGGAAGUAGAGCAGAAAAGAACGAUGCCUCACCCAGUACUGUACACCGUCCACCUUAGUCCACCGUGCCGAGCAGUGGAACUAACCGCAAAAGCGUUGGGCCUGGAGCUGGACCGCAAGAUGGUGAACCUGCUGGCUGGGGACAACCUAAAGCCGGAAUUCUUGAAGCUCAACCCAAAGCACACGAUUCCGGUGCUGGAUGAUAAUGGGACAAUCAUUGGCGAAAGUCAUGCGAUCAUGAUUUAUUUGGUGCAAAAGUUUGGUAAGACUGAUGCACUCUACCCGUCCGACAUUGUUCAGCAAGCUCGGGUCAAUGAGGCACUCCAUUUCGAGUCUGGAGUGCUAUUUGCUCGGCUUCGCUUCAUUACGGAGCUCGUCAUUUUCGCACGUAAAGCCGAAAUUCCCCAGGAUCGUAUCGAGUACGUGAGGAAGGCAUACCGACUGCUGGAGGAUUCUUUGCACGAUGAUUUUGUAGCUGGGCCUCGAAUGACUAUUGCGGAUUUUAGCUGCAUUUCGACGGUUGCCUCUACGGUGGGUUUCAUUCCAUUGGAUAGCUCGGAGUUCCCGCGCACAGCUGCCUGGAUGGAACGUAUGAAGCAGCUACCGUACUAUGAGCAAGCAAAUGGUAUCGGUGCGACCGAGUUGGGACAAUUCGUAGUGAACCAGUUGGCAGAGAACGCUAAAUACGGGUGUGUCGCUUCUUCGCAACGGUCCUGUGUUUGCCUCAAAAUGCCAAAGCUGGUUCUGUACACGCUGCACCUAAGCCCCCCGUGCCGGGCCGUGGAAAUGACAGCCAAAGCGUUGGGAUUGGAGCUGGAGCAGAAGACCAUUAAUCUUCUCGCCGGUGAUCAUUUGAAGUCGGAGUUCCUGAAGCUAAACCCUCAACAUACGAUCCCGGUGCUGGAUGACGAUGGUACGAUCAUUACCGAAAGUCAUGCGAUCAUGAUCUAUCUGGUGACGAAGUACGGCAAGGAUGACACCCUGUACCCAAAGGAUCCACUUCCGCAGGCACGCGUGAAUGCAGCCCUUCACUUUGAAUCUGGUGUUCUGUUUGCACGAAUGCGUUUCAUUUUUGAACGUAUUCUUUUCUACGGACAAUCAGAUAUUCCCGAGGAUCGAGUCGAGUACGUGCAGAAAUCGUAUCGUUUGCUGGAGGACACACUGGUGGAUGAUUUUGUCGCUGGACCGAAAAUGACGAUUGCCGACUUUAGCUGCGUUUCAACGGUUUCUAGCAUAAUGGGCGUUGUUCCGCUGGAACGAUCGGAACAUCCACGGAUUUAUGGGUGGAUCGAUCGUUUGAAGCAGCUGCCAUACUACGAGGAAGCUAACGGUGGCGGUGGUACCGAACUGGGCAAGUUUGUACUUGCUAAAAAGGAGGAAAAUGCUAAAGCGUAAGGAAGACGCUUAAUGAAUUUGUCAACAAAAUCAAGAGAUUAUUUUCUUUAAAUAAAAAAGUGCUAUGUCAUGAUUCGGAA